AUGUCGUUCGUUCUUUUGCCAACAGAGCUCAUUCUCGUGAUUGAGAAGAAUCUCGAUUCUAAGAGAGAUCUCAAUGCUCUCAUUUGCACCAGCCGGCGCUUUGCGUUUCUGUUUGAUGGGAAGCUCUACAAAACCAACUCGAAAAACGACAAUCUCAGAAUCAUCUUAUGGGCAGCUUCCCAUGACAUGGAGGGCACCAUUUGCAAGUUUCUGGAAGCUGGCGCGACUAUUUCUCGGCGAGACAGAUUCAAGUCUUAUCUGAGGCCUCGAGAUAGUCCUGAUGAGCUCGAUCUCAUCCCACGCAGGCCAGUUUCCCAUCCUCUGACUGCAGCAGCCGAAGCUGGCUCUUUGUCUUGUGUCAGGUUUCUGCUCCAAUAUGGCGUCGACCCCAAUUUUUUAGACGACCUUUAUGAAACCCCGAUGAGACAGGCUGCAGGCAAUGGUCAUGUCGAUAUCAUGACUCUUUUACUUUCCCAACCAGGGGACCCAUUCAUUGGUUCCUUCAAGCUGCGACGCCCUCUGAAGUAUGCUGCUGCUCGUGGUCAGAUGAGAGCGCUUGAGAUUCUGUUUGAUUACCUCGAGAGUGGUGAUCGAGGUCUGAGCAUCAAAGAAGCCGCCCAUACGAUUCUGUACGAGGGACUCUGGCAUUGCAAUGUCGACAUUGUUGACUUUGCAUUCAAGAAUGGCGCCGAUGUCAAUGAUCCGAUGCCAAACGCCGGGCUGCGAUUUGUGUCCGAUAUUGGCCCAGAGGAAGUACCCACAAGACCACGCCCAAGAUUAGUUCAGAAAGACAAGUUUGGAAGGGUGAUUCAUGGAUCUUACACGCGUGGCUGGGUGUUUGAUGCGCCAAAUGCACUGUACGCUGCAAUAGUCGGUAAGAAUCCUGCUUUACUCACUUUGGUUCUUUCCAAAGGCAUUGAUAUGUCUCGGCGUGGGGCUGAUGCCUUGGGAUUUGCGAUCAUUGAAAGGAAUCUUCCAAUGAUCGUUACAUUGAUUGAAUUGGGGGUCACUAGUGAAAUGUUUGUCCAGAAUCUCGAGCACCAAUCUGACAGCCAUAAGUUCCACUUGCAGGAAGCUAUGGUUGAACUGGGAAUAGGGAUACAACCAAUCUGA